UACACACUGCAGCACAUGCAGUGCUCUGUGACUGUGAGCUUCUGUAGAGCCCAGUCUAUGUACAUAUUAUCAUGGCGUUACUGAACAAAGCACUGCUUGCCCUAGUUGGGAUCCUAUUGGCUGUUUACUUUUACUCUGGGAAAGAAGAAUUUAAACCUGAAAUGCUUAAAGGCAAAAGAGUGAUUGUUACUGGUGCAAGUUCUGGUAUUGGUGAACAGAUGGCAUAUCACUUGGCAAAAAUGGGAUCACAUGUAGUGAUAACAGCCCGUACUGAAGAGAAACUCAAGAAGGUGAUAGAAAAGUGUACAAAACUUGGUGCAGCUUCUGCCUAUUAUAUCCCUGGAAGUAUGGACAAUAUGACUUUUGCUAAGCAUGUGGUGCACGAAGCUGAACGUUUACUUGGUGGACUUGACAUGCUAAUCCUGAACCAUAUUGGCUACACCUACUUCAAUUUCUUUAAUGGUGAUGUGAAUCAUAUACGGAAUCUUCUGGAAAUAAAUUUUUUGAGUUAUGCAACCAUGACAGUUGAAGCUCUGCCAAUGCUAAAAGCAAGUGGUGGGAAUGUUGUAGUAGUCUCUUCAUUUGCAGGCAAGGUUGGCUUACCUUUGACUGUGCCAUAUUCGACCACUAAAUUUGCCCUGGAUGGCUUCUUCAGUUCUCUCCGAAUGGAGUUCUACCAACAAAAAGUUAAUGUUUCGAUUACAUUGUGUGUUAUCAGCUAUAUUGAUACAGAUUCCGCUAUUAAUACAGUAUCACAUGUGAUCCAGCAGCCUGCCGCUCCAAAAGAAGAAUGUGCACUAGAAAUCAUUAAAGGUGGAGCCCUGAGACAAAGAGAAGUCUACUAUCAGUAUCAUGCCACCAAGAUUCCAAUGCUGCUUAGAGACUGGGCACCAGAAUUCUUAGAAUACCUUGUCCUUAAGAAUUACGAUGUUGGGGCAGUGACUAAGAAGCAGGAAUGAUUGUAAAUUAGGACUACAUGAGGAUAUAUCAGGGAUACUAUAAAAUACAUAUAAUGUAGCCACAGAGAUUAUUUUCUAAAUAUAAUAAACACAGCAGAAGAAUUAUACUGCCUUAAAUCAUAAUUUUUACACCAUUUUAUAAUAUAAAAUAUAUGAUAAAGUAUUAUGUG